AUGUUCACGCGACCGUCGACGCCGAGGCCGAUCACCGCGCGCGCGCGCGUCGAGCGAUCGCGCGCGACGAGGCGGAGAUCGAAUGGACGCGCCACCGCGCAGCGAACGCGCGCGUCGCAGGAGUUCGAGGCGCCGAAUCAGUACGGGUACUUCCCGUCCGCGAUCGAGGCGGCGAGAAAGAAGAGGGAGACGCAAAAUGGGUUCGAUAAAAAUGUCGGCCUAUCCAAGGCGGAACAAAAGGCGCGCUUCAAGACGCUGUGCUCGAAGCAUCCGGAGUUACAAAAAUGCCAAAAAGACUACGUUUCGCCGCUUCGCGUGAAGCCGUCGACGCAGAGCGUCAUCAACGGUAGCGUCGUGCGAAGUGACGGAAUUAUCCUCGUUCCGGGCAACAAGGAGGAUCUCAUCACAUGGGCGCUCGAUCCCGCCAUGUCCGGUGAUACUCUCGGCUUGCUCCUCCCCACUUUGUUCAUCAUCAUCGGCGCGCAGCUGAAGCAAGCCGCGGGCGUCCCGGAAUACGUCUCCGGUGCGGUCGGCGUGACCACCAAGCUUCUCGCCACCGCCUUAGUUGCGCUUUACUGGGUUCCGUCGUUCAUUAACUAA